AUGCGCAGCUGGGCCCCCCGCCCCACUACGUACACCUGGAACCGCCCGGAAAUCAGCGAGGAAUUCAUGAAAAAAAGAGUUAAUACCAUCAAAGAAUCUGUAGUGGUACAACCAGCAGAAUCUGGCAAUACCAUCUGCCAAGAGGAAAAAGCAGAACAGCAACUGGAGCUGGACACUACCAACUGCCAGCUGGAGAUUCCAGAAACCCCUGAUGCUAAGAUCAGUCAGGAGAUACCAGAGGAAUCAGGCCCAAACACCUGCGAGCCUGAAAUUCCCAACAGCUCCGAAGAGCAAGUGGAAGCCCCUGAACAACAGGAGGAAGAACAACUGGUUGAGGAGGAAAAGGCUGAGAGCAGCCCCUGCCAGGAGAUACCAGAGGAAUCAGGCCCAAACACCUGCGAGCCUGAAAUUUCAAACAGCUCCGAAGAGCAAGUGGAAGCCCCUGAACAACAGGAGGAAGAACAACUGGUUGAGGAGGAAAAGGCUGAGAGCAGCCCCUGCCAGGAAAUACCAGAGGAAUCAGGCCCAAACACCUGCGAGCCUGAAAUUUCAAACAGCUCCGAAGAGCAAGUGGAAGCCCCUGAACAACAGGAGGAAGAACAACUGGUUGAGGAGGAAAAGGCUGAGAGCAGCCCCUGCCAGGAGGAAAAACCAGAGCAAAAUCUGGAGCCAGCCACUACCAACUGCCAGGAGACUCCAGAAACACCUGAUAGUAACACCUGUCAGGAGACUCCAGAACCCCCUGACGCUAAGAUCUGUCAGGUGAAUCAACAUACAAUUGCAGAUAAAUACAUGAACCCCAGGAGAUAUCUGCAGCUCUUAGAGCCAGGUUGUGAGGACGACUAUGGGAUGAACUAUAAUGGAUGGCACCGUAAAGAGCAAAAAGAAGUGGCCAUCACCAUCGUUAAGGAUAUCGAGAACAAAAAAGGAAUCCUGCGAGAAGUUGACAUCUUAGAAGCAGUUAAGGGCCACAAAAAUGUGAUCGGCUUUUACGGGGCAUUUUACCACCCUGCCUCUGUGAAGAUGCCGGAACGUGAAGGACUGUGGAUUUCUAUGGAGCGUUGGUCUGGUGUAUCAGUGCAAGACCUCAUCAACACCAGACGCUCCCUGUCAGAGGACUGGAUUGCCUAUAUCUGCAGGGAGGUGCUACAGGGCCUGUGUCAUCUUCACAAACAGAAGGUCAUCCAUCACGACCUGAGGCCACAGAAUAUUAUAGUGACAUCAUCCGCUGAUAUAAAGAUCACCGACUUCAGCUCUGCCACCAUGGGGACAAGCAGUGUUAGUACUUCUGGGACUAUACCAUACAUGGCCCCAGAAGUACUCAGCAACAUUAGCACCAAGAUCAUCCAUUACAACUCGAAGGCUGAUAUAUGGUCAUUGGGAAUAUCAGCGCUGGAAAUGGCGGAAGGAUAUUAUCCAUUCAGCAGAUCCCCCGAACACAAAUUAAUGAAGAGGGUUAUGCACGGUCCCGCACCAACAUUACUAUGGGAGAAAUGGAGUGACAACUUCCGUGCAUUCAUCGGUGAAAUCCUCCAGAAGAAUGCAGCAAGGAGGUCCUCUGCAGAGCAGCUACUGUCACACCCCUUCAUAUUAAAUAUCUCGAAUGAGAGGGGUGUGACUGAUUCCAUCAAGUGGUACCUGCAUUAA